AUGUCCAAUACCCCCGCAAGCCGCCCGGCUACCAAGAGCUCUGCACUAUCUUCCGAACCGCGCGAUGUGGAUGACUCGCGGCGCACGUCGUUCACGGUCAACAAUCAUAACGGUGCCGAUAAGCCAACGAACGACAACAGCGAAAGAGGAACCAAGACCGAGGACGGGAAAGAUGUGAGAGAAGCGAACGGAAAGGAUAAGGAGGACGCGAAAGAGGAGGUGCUGAUCGUGGACUGGGACGGCCCCAACGAUCCGCUCAACCCGAAAAACUGGUCGUACAAGAAGAAAUGGGCGGCGACGAUCGUCGUGUCGUCCUUCACCUUCAUCAGCCCCGUCUCGUCGUCCAUGAUCGCGCCCGCCGCCGGUGCGGUGUCGCGCGACUUUGGGAUUCACAGCAGUGCAGUGGAGGCGCUGACGAUCUCGGUGUUUGUGCUGGCAUAUGGUGAACUUGCUCUCUGUUUCCUCGGACCGUUGAGCGAGAUCUUCGGCCGGUCGCGUGUCCUACAGAUCUCGAACCUCUUCUACCUCGCUUGGAACAUCGGCUGCGGCUUCGCGCAGAACACGGGCCAGCUCAUCGCGUUCCGCUUCCUCUCUGGACUAGGCGGCAGCGCCCCCCUCUCCAUCGGAGGAGGCGUGAUAUCAGAUACAUGGGCCACGCACGAGCGGGGCAAGGCCAUCGCGAUAUACUCCCUCGCCCCGCUGCUGGGACCGGUGAUUGGACCCGUCGCGGGCGCAUGGAUCGCAGAGAAGUCGACGUGGCGCUGGGUGUUCUGGUCCACGAGCAUAGUGUGUGUCGCGAUCCAAAUAUCCGGGCUGUUCUUCCUCCGUGAAACUUUUGCACCGGUGCUCCUCGAACAAAAGGCCGCGAAAGUGCGCAAGACGAUGGACUUGGAGAACCGCCUGCGCGAGUACAAAGAAGUAAGGACGAUAUACGAUACCCCCGACCGCACGUGGCAGUCGAUCAUGCUCAAGUCCCUCACGCGCCCGUUCAUGCUCUUCUUCAGCGAGCCCAUCCUCCAAGUUCUGGGCGUAUACAUGGCGUUCAUCUACGGCGUCUUCUACCUAUUCCUCACCACCAUGCCCCUCAUCUUCGAGGGCACGUACCACCAGCGCCCCGGCAUCGCGGGCCUGCACUACAUCGCCAUCGGCGUCGGCCUCACCGGCGCCUCGCAGUUCAACGCGCGCGCCAUGGACCGCGUGUACGCGUACUUGAAGAAGAAGAACGGGGAUAGCGGCCGCCCGGAGUAUCGCUUGCCCUCGAUGGUGCCGGGGACGUUUCUCCUCCCCGCGGGCCUCCUCAUCAACGGCUGGACGGCGCAGAACCACGUCCACUGGAUCGUCCCCGAUAUCGGCACAGCACUCAUCGGCGCGGGCAUCAUCCUGAACUUCCAGUCGAUCCAGAUAUACGUCGUCGACACGUUCAGCCUGCACGCUGCGUCUGCGCUCGCAGCGGUCUCCUUCCUGCGCUCCGUCGCGGGCUUCGGGUUCCCGCUCUUCGCGCCGCGCAUGUACACCGCGCUCGGGUUCGGGAAGGGCGAUACGAUAUUGGCGGCGGUGGCGGUCGCUAUUGGGUGUCCCGCGCCGUUUUUGUUCUGGAAGUACGGGGAGCGGAUCCGCCACGCGAGUCGGUAUGCGCGCAAAACCCACGCUGCGACGCCUCCUCCUCCUACUACUACUACUACUACUACUACUACUACUACUACUACUACUCCUACUACUGUUGCGCACGACGACCACAAAGAUCCAAAUACGGCCGUGGCCGCUGUUGUCAAGGCGUGA